AUGAUCAUUAGAGCAAAUAAAUGUAAUAAAAUAAAAACAAGGGAAAGCUUAAUACUCCCAAGACUAAUAAAGGUAUUGGAAGAUGUAAACGUAACAGUACAAUUGGUAAAUGGAACGAAAGUAACAGGGACAGUGGAAUCCUACGGGAAAAAAAUAAUAACAGUCUCUUUGAAAACGGCGUUGGCGGAACUUAGCUUGUCGAAUGAAAUAUAUAAGGACCUGGACGAGUAUGUGUCAGAAGAUGAGCAGUUGAAGCAAGUAAGGGACUACUGUAAUAGUGCCCCCGGCAAUGGCUGUAACAUAAAUGGGAGCUUCGGCAGGAACGACAGUAAUUAUAGGAUUGUGGGAGAUUCGAAAUCGUUUGUAUUGUUAAAGGAGGCAAAAGUGGAAUGUAAUUGUAAAGUAUUCGAGGUGUGGAGAGUAAGCAUUCCGGAAGCACACAUCGCAACGCUAACAGUCAAUGCAACAAACACAGCUGCCCACAGUUUGAAAAAUAAGUCAAGCAUUUGUAGAAACGGUGUUAGGAGGAUUGACGUAAAGAAAAUGAUAGUGAAUUGGCACAAAAACGAGAUGAAAAACGAGGCAUUCGUUAGAUGCAACAGAAUAGGAACAAAUAACACAAAAACAUGA